UGUGUAAAUGUAACAUGAACACUCUGCCCCAGGUUCUAGCGGAACAGUACCUGAUAGAAAUUGCUAAGGACUAUAAUGGGCCAUAUAAGUCCAAGGCAGCCAUUAUGGCUGAAGCCCCAGCAGACCGGAUCAGUGUUGAAUUUACCAAGGAUGUCAAGAAUGCUGCCUUUGCCAAUAGAAGUGGAACUGUAGCAGGACGUGGUGAUUCACUUGGGGCAUCGCCAAUAUCUGCACCAGGGCCCUUACCUGUGCCAUCCCCAGUUCCUUGUUUCUCAUCCCUUCCUCCCGAAAUACAGGCUUAUUCAUAGAUACCAGUGACUCAAAUGGCAAGAAAACAGGCCAGUAGAACUGCCUGUUUAACUCACGACACAGCAUUUCUUAUAGGAUUGCGUCCCCUCUUCAUUCUCCUUUCUCUGCUGAGACCUCUGGCACAUGGA